CCGUCACAACCUAUAUUAUACUAUUAUUGUCAAUAAAGACUAUGAGCAUAAAGGAGCUCAAAAGAGAUAUCUAUUAUUAGAACAUUACUAUGUUCUCGCUUCCCCCGAACUCGAUACGCCUUCUGACUGAUUCAGUCUCCUGCCGUGAGAAGUGGAUGUACAAGUGGAUUUAAAAUUCCAGCUUUUCAGCGUUAGCCCGCAGCACCGUUUGCUAUGGCCAAGAUCAAGGCACACUCAACACCGUCUCGACGACAAAAGCCCCUGGUUGCGACUCCCCGCGGGAAGACACACACGCAUACAGUGAUUCUGCUCCACGACGCCGGUGCCAAAGGCCGCGACUCCGGCAGAGAGUUCCUCAGAGCAACCAACAUUCAAUCCCAUUUUCCAACUGUUCGAUUCGUUUUCCCCUGCGCUUUCAAGGCACCACCGGCUGUCAAGAAUGGACCUGCUGGUGCCACACAAUGGUUCAAUAACCCUUCCUCGCCGAGCCCACCCUGGGCCGGUGACACAGGGACACUGCCAGAAACCGCAGUCUUCCUUCAGCGCUUGAUUCACAGCGAGGCAAGGAUAUUACGAGAUACAGGAGGCUAUGGUCUGCACGCUGCUUACGGCCGUAUUGUCCUCGGCGGCAUGAGUCACGGUGGCGCAGCAGCUCUGCUAUACCUUCUAGGUAGUCAUCGCCCGCUGGGUGGGCUCCUUGGUAUCGGUGCCAUGUUGCCCUGGAAGUACCAACUCGAGCUUCUUCUCGAAAUGUAUGUGGAUCAGUUCGGCCGACGGAAGGCUAUAGUGGGAAGCAACUACGUUAGAGAUCUGCUCCAGUUCGAGCGCUUGGCCAUUGGGAAUGAGGGUUAUCGACCUAAGAACCUCUCAGAUACAGAGAUGGAUAUCCGGAAAUCCCGCAUUCCAGCAUGGCAGUAUCCCCUGAUACACCUCAAGACCCCAGUUUUCCUGGGCCAUGGAUCGCAGCCUGAGAAGGAGAAUAGUAUGGGCCGGUGUCUCGACGGCAUAUUUGGGAUGGACGUUGUCGAAGUGGACUAUAGGAAGUACGGCAAGGAUUGGCAUACUGAUCCAGAAGCGUUCGAGCAUGUUCUCAGCUUUCUCGAAGAGAAGGUUGGUAUGCCCAGGGUGUCCAUCAUGGCCGAGUAGCCCCCACUAGAGUAAAAGUAAUCUAGAGAGCUUUUCUGUUGCAAUAAUACAACUGGCA